ACUAUCCAAUCAGAGGCAUUAUGAGUACGGCUUGAUUGGCUGGCAGGGUAGACGUGGACGGAUAUUGGUUGGACGGCCGCCUCCCUCGCUCGUCCGUUAGCUCCUCCCUCAUCCAACGCUUCAACGGCAUUAUUUCCCGGCCAACACCCCUCCCUCCUUACUUUCUCUCUCUAGAUCUCGGAUCCCAACUCCCCCGAUUCCGCCAUUUCUCUUCUCUCUUGUCUCCGGCACUAGGGUUAGGGUUGCUCUCUUCGAGGCUCGCUGGUUUGCUGCGUGUUUUUGGUGCUUGAGCUGUUCGCCAGGGAUUGGAGAGGUUUUCAGAGGCGUAUGUGCGUCGAAAUUACGUGUGAAAACAUAGGUACAUUUUGAAUUCGGUUCAGGUCUUCUGAGGUGGUAGAAGAAGAUCUGAGGCUUUCAGGAUGAGCGCGUCCAGGUUCAUCAAGUGCGUCACGGUGGGCGAUGGUGCCGUUGGCAAGACCUGCCUCUUGAUUUCCUACACCAGCAACACUUUCCCUACGGAUUAUGUCCCAACUGUGUUUGACAAUUUCAGUGCAAAUGUGGUUGUCAAUGGGGCUACCGUUAACCUUGGGUUAUGGGAUACUGCAGGACAGGAGGAUUACAACAGACUAAGACCUUUGAGUUACCGUGGAGCUGAUGUUUUCAUUUUGGCAUUUUCUCUCAUUAGUAAGGCCAGCUAUGAAAAUGUUUCUAAAAAGUGGAUUCCUGAGUUGAAGCAUUAUGCCCCUGGUGUCCCAAUUGUUCUUGUUGGAACAAAACUUGAUCUUCGGGAUGAUAAGCAAUUCUUUGUAGACCAUCCUGGUGCUGUGCCAAUUACCACUGCUCAGGGCGAGGAGCUUAAAAAAUUGAUUGCUGCACCUGCCUACAUUGAAUGCAGUUCAAAAACACAGGAGAAUGUGAAAGGAGUGUUUGAUGCUGCCAUCAAAGUUGUGCUGGCACCACCCAAGGGGAAGAAAAAGAAGGCAAAGGGUCAGAGAUCGUGCUCGAUCUUGUGAUUUUGACGUCAGGGGCGCAGGAUCACUUACCACUAUUCUGUUGUUAUACCCUCCUUGGUGUCCUUUUCUGUUGUUUCCAAUUGCCUCAGAGGAAGUAGGAGGUCCUCCCUUGUCAAAGUGCUUGUGAUAUGGCCUUCCCAGUCAGUCUAACAAUUUUUUAAGUAAGCCAAGCGCACCUCGUCUUAGGCCACUCUGUCGUGCCCUCUCUCUCUCCAUUUUGAUUUGCUGUUGUUUUUAUGUAUUUAUGACUGUGAAACCAACCAUUCAGGGAGACAUCAUAUUUGUGCAGUGUUUGUUGCCUUUUUUCUAUAUUUGUUAUACAUUUCGAUUUCCUCAAUUCGUAAACCAUUUGUUAUUCUUCAUCA